AUGGAAUUGCCACGACUAGGACAACAAUGUACUGAGCCAACCUGCAAACAGCUGGACUUUCUGCCGAUGAAAUGUGAUGCUUGCUCCCAAAUAUUUUGUCGGGACCAUAUUAUGUAUGCCACACAUGAUUGUUCUGAGUCUUAUAAAAAGAAUAAUCAGGUGCCAGUGUGCCCACUGUGUCGGCUUCCUUGCCCUACAACCAAAGGAGAGUCACCAGAUAUUGUUGUGAGCAAACAUAUAGAAUCAGACUGUUUGUCUGAUCCAGCUAAAAACAGAAGGAAGGUCUACACAAACAGAUGCUCCAGGAAGGGCUGUAAGAAGAAGGAGUUGGUUCCAGUUGUUUGUGACAGCUGUCGUCUCAACUUUUGCUUUCAUCAUCGCCACCAACAAGAUCACAACUGCAAAGGAUUUCAAGGUUCAGGGAGAGCUAUUAGCAGUGCUGGGGCAGCUGCAAUUCUGAGGGCUCAGAAAAAAACACAGGCCCCCUCGUUACCUGCUCCAUCAUCUAGUGGUGCUGAGAACAGCAGCAAAUGUUUCUAUGAUAGACAACCGGAAGCUGUAGCAGACUUGACCUCAUUCCAGGCCAGCAUGAAUGAAGAUGAAGCCAUGGCAAGAGCUCUGCAAAUAUCCAUGAAAGCAAGCAUAGGGCAAGAUGAGCCGCCGCUGUUGGACAGAGUUGCCAGUCAGGAGCCGGAAGACUUCCUGCUAGCUCAAGCCAUAGCUUUGAGCCUGCAAGAUAUGUUGUUAUCAUCAACACAACAACCUCAACAAACUCUGAAAGUAUAG